AUGAAGCAGUGGCCACUGCCUCGUGAACAGGUCACAGCGAUCGACAAGUUCUUUGCCGAUCGUUUGGCUGCCGGCCAUGUGAGGGAAUCAACUUCCCCACAUAGCUCUCCGACCUUCUGUGUGCGAAAAGCAACAGGAGGGUGGCGGAAAGUGCACGCGUUCAACAAAUUGAACGCUGCAACGGUACCGGCUCAGACGCCGAUACCGAGGAAGGACGUAAUCAUUGAUGGUAUGUCAAAGAGUACCAUCUUUUCGUCCAUGGAUUUGAUGGAUGGCUUCUAUCAAAUCCUUAUGCGGGAACGGGAUAUACCCUAUACCGCAGUUAGCACACCUAGCGGCAUGCUCUAG